GGCGUGUUGUGAGCCCGGUUGUGGCGGACGGAGCCGCUCCCAGUGACCACUAAAAAGCGGCCGGGGGAUUCCUUCCAUAACCACAGGCGAAGGGAAAACCUCUCCAGGCUUAAGCGAGUCAAUGCGCGGAAUCGUGUUUUGUGGAUAGCUUAUACGGACACUACCCUUAACGUGCCUGUUCUGGGAGAAGGAGUCUGGUUGCUGUAGGGGCGAGCGCGGAGCGUAUGGGUCACUGAAAGUCUCUCCCACCGCAGGUCGUUCCAGCGCCCGCCUCGAACCUCCUCUGUAAGCCGGCGGAGUGCUGGAGCGCCCGGGAGGAUGUUCCUUUGGGCCGGGAACAAGGGGGUGCAGGCAUCGGGACACGAGAGAAGGACUAUUUACCAGAAGAUCCGGGGGAGUGAUAUCCUGGAUAAGAGGAAGACGGUGACGGCGCUGAAAGCGGGCGAAGAUCGGGCGAUUCUCUUGGGCCUGGCCAUGAUCCUGUGCGCAGUCACCAUGUACUUUGUGCUGGGAGUCACCAUGCUGCGCUCUUAUUCUGACAGCGUGUGGACAGAGGAGACUCUGUGCUCCGUGCUGAACUCCAGUCUGAGCUCGGAGGUGAACUGCUCGUACAGCUGUGGCUCAGGCUGCCGCAGGACCUCCAGCUUCCCCUGCCUGCUGGUGUUCGCCCAGCUCAACAGCACCGGGAGGACCAUCCGCCUGUCCCUCAACGAGGAGACCCAGGGCCUCAGCCCAGAGUGUUUCUUCGUGCCUCGCUGCAGGCAGGACUCCGGGGCGAUGCACAGCGCAGUGCAGAACGUCUCUGAUUGGCUGAGAGCGCAGCAGCUGCUGCCCUGCUUCUGGGCCCCGGCGCGGCGGGAGGCGGCGCUGCUGGUGCGUCUGUACGGCCGCCGUGCGGCCCUCGCGGCGCUGCUCUGGCCCUCCGCCACGCUGGGGGGCGGGGCCCUGCUCAUCGCCAUGGUGAAGCUCACCCAGUACCUGUCCUUCCUCUGCGAGCAGGUGGGCGGGGCCGACAGGUGAGACGCCGAGGCUCCGCCCCUGCAGUGAGGUCAUCGCGUUCGGCCAUCAUCGACGAAGAACCGCUCCGCGUUCAGACGCAAACCCCACCUCCUCCUGCCCCGGGGGGGUGUUUUAGUGCCACGCUCAAACACACCAGCACCUCCUCCACUGUCAGCGGGCUUGGCGGUACAGCUAGGUGUGUGUUCCAGGAUUCCAGGUGGCGGCCAUGUUUUUCACACGUCCACACACAGAGUGUGUGACCCCUGACCUCUGCUCACAGAGUGUGUGACCCCUGACCUCUGCUCACAGAGUGUGUGACCCCUGACCUUGAUGCUCACAGAGUGUCUGCAUGGGGCUUCUGGGAGGCCAACAGGUUUAACUUUACAGCCUCAGAGCUACAGAGAAAGUGGGCUCUUUGUGAGAUUGUUCCACAGGGCUGUGUGUGUGUGCAUGCGUGUCUGUUCCACAGGGCUGUGUGUGUGUGUGCGUGCGUGUCUGUUCCACAGGGCUGUGUGUGUGUGUGCGUGCGUGUCUGUUCCA